AAUAUUUUAACGAGUUUUUGGUAGAAAAUUGUCCUGUGAUGGUGUCUAAUGAAAAAUUAUUCCCGCCAAGUAUACAGAAGUACAUCUUUGCACGAUAAUUAAUUAUUUUUGUUGGUAAAAUUAAUAAUGUUAUUUAUUCGGACGAGAGUUUUUACGUUUUAAAUAUUUAUUGAGAACGUAGACCUCGUCUCGGAAGCUGUUUAAACUUGGCCGCCUCAGAUUAAGGUUAAACAUUGGACCUAAGGCGUUUUGUUUUAUUUUUAAAUAUUUUGCAUGGUUUUUAAAUCGCAUUUUAAUUAACUAAGUGCUUAUUGAUUAAUCACGAACUUUUAUAAUGGCGGAUAAAAAAAAUUACGGGUCUUGCAAUGCUAUUUUUUCGACCUAUCCUAUUUUUUUCAACAAAGAAAAUAAUCCGCCAGCAAAAAUGCUACAUGGUAAGAGCAGCCAGGAGCUGGACAAAAUAGCGAUGGACAAAUCAAAGCUUAAUAAAAAGAAGUCAACGUCAGUUGAGACAGUGACACCUAAGAAGACUGAUUUAUCAUCACAAGGAAGAAUUAAUAGCAGCCCUGCGUUGAGCAGAUCCAAGUCAGCGAUGGCACUGAAGCAGGAAAAGUUGAAAAAGGCCUCGUCUGAUGACAAACUGAAGACUCCUAAGUCACGGGGUUAUCAUAUGCCGACUGAAAAGUCUCCGGUUACACAUUUUUGUACGGGUAAACCGCCGAGUAUGAAAACUGAUGGCACGCCAUUCAGGACACCUAGCAAAAAGUAUAUUAGUGAACAUUCAUUGAUGCAAUCAACGCCAGAUUGUUUUGGUUCUGUGCAAUUUGAAACACCACGUGGUAAAAGUGAUGUUGCUACUGAUGAACCCACACUUUAUGAAGGAGAGACUAGUAAUUUAACUGUUGGUAUUAGAGUUAGACCAAUGAAUUCCAAAGAAUUAAGUGAUCCGAAAGUAAUGUCAAUUGUCAAAGUAAGAGGCACAAAUGUGACAGUUGAUUGCGACGCAUCGCAGCACACAUUUGUAUAUGACCACUGUUUUGUGUCAUAUGCAAAUACCGCGAGGACAAAUCAUGCCAGUCAAGAGACUGUGUUUAAUAGCAUGGUAUCACCACUAGUACAAAAUGCCUUUGAGGGCUACAACGUCUGUCUGUUUGCCUACGGACAGACUGGAUCAGGAAAGAGCUACAGUAUGAUGGGCGAAUCAACUCUCUCUAAUGAUCUGGAACCAUCAGAAGACGCGGGAAUAAUUCCAAGAUUUUGUUACGAAUUAUUUUCACUGGCUGCUCGUAACAAAAACUAUGCACCGAGCAUAGAGAUCAGUUACUUUGAAAUUUACAAUGAAAAGAUCCAUGAUCUUCUGGCGACCAAUUCUACAAACAAUGGGAAUAAACGCGCGCCUUUAAAAGUCCGCGAGCACCCGGUGUUUGGACCCUACGUCGUGGAUCUAAGUCAGCACACCGUUCAGAGCUACGAAGAUCUGCAGACGUGGCUCAAAGUUGGCAACUCACAGAGAGCUACCGCUGCCACGGGGAUGAACGAAAAGAGUUCAAGAUCACACAGUAUAUUUAGUAUUAUAAUGACCCAGGGACAGAAAUCCGAGUCCUCGAGUGUUUCCAGAUCUGCUGAAUCUAGUCGUCGUAGUAAAAUAAAUCUUGUGGAUCUUGCUGGGAGUGAGCGAUUGAGUCAAACUUGUGCCAGCGGUGAUAGACUGAGGGAAGGAGUAUCAAUAAAUAAAUCAUUAUUGAUCUUAGGAAAAGUAAUUGCAUCACUUGCCGAAAAUACUAGCAACCGGAAGCGUGGAUUUGUGCCGUAUCGAGAGUCGGUAUUGACCUGGCUAUUGAAGGAGAGCCUUGGGGGUAAUUCUAAAACGGCAAUGCUGGCUACCGUUUCUCCCAGCAGCACACAUUUGGAAGAAACAUUAGCGACCCUUCGCUAUGCAUGUCAAGCUAGAUCUAUUGUAAACCGCGUACGGAUUAACGAAGAUCCGCAUGACAAACUGAUAAGGCAACUUAAAGCCGAAGUACUAAGACUGCGUGGCGUUAGAGAAAAUUAUGAGCGCCAAUUAGGACCGCGGAGACUAAUAGAAAAUGGGGACUCGGGUAAUGAUAAUUUAGAGAUACAGAAAAAACAACUGGAAAUUCAGCAACUGAGGGACCAAUUGAAGCGCACGGAAGAGCAGCUCGCUUCCAAUCAAAAGUCAUGGAAAGAGAAAUUACAGGAAGCUGAAGAACGUAAAAAAUCUGAAAUAAAUUAUCUACGACACUGUGGAAUAGCCAUUGAAUUAGACUACAAGGAAAUAAAAUCAACUCCUUGUUUGGUCAAUCUUGCAGCAGAUCCUAUGCUGUCCGGUACGCUGCUGUAUCUUAUUCCCGCGGGAAAAGUGCGUAUUGGACGGCAGGGCAAGCAGAUUGAUUCCAUGGACAUUGUCCUGGAUGGACCACUAGUUGCUCCAUUUCACUGUACAAUUGAAAAUAACAAGGGGAUUUUAAGUUUGAUGCCGGAGUCUAAUGGCGAUACUUAUGUUAAUGGACAGCUGGUGUGCGACAAAGUUUGCUUGAAGCAUGGAGACCGUUUAGUCAUAGGCGGCAAUCAUUACUUCAAAGUUUGCAAUUCAAAUGACGAGAAUUCAAACGCACAAGCUAACGGCCAACCCAUUGAUUAUGAAUAUGCGCAUCAAGAAAUACUGGCAAUACAAGAGGAAAAAUUGAGAGCUGAGCUGGAAGAAUCGAAGCGCAAAGCGGUAAAAGAACUGGAAAAUGCAAAGAAAGAAGUUGAAAUGCAGUUAGGAUCCCAGAAAACGUCAUACGAGCGUGAGAUUAAAAUGCUCGGGAUGACGUUGGAGCAACAGAAACUCGCUUUGGAAGAAGUUAACAAAAAGAAGCGGCAGUUGGAGGUCGAGAAGGAAAUGCUUACGUACCAAAUACAGGAAAAUAAAACACGGGAAGUUAAAGAGUCGAUGAUAAAUGUCGAGCCUUAUGAGUCAAAUUUCUUGCAAGAGCUGGAAAAAAUUUUAAACGAAGCGACCGCUGAUGCUGAAAUUGCGCUGACUAUCGCUGCUAGCAAUGAAGUUAUCGCAGAAGGCGGUAUUACGUUACACGAAAUGCAACUUUUAGUUAGAGAAGCUACUCAGCGUUGUCGUGAUAUUGGUAUUAAUUAUGAAUUUUCGCAGUCACGCGUGAUUUCAGAGAAAGGACUGCAGCCAGUCAUAAGAAUUAGAGAUCGUGAUCGUAUGUUAGAGACUCUGUGGCAACCGGAAAACUUUCUAGACUGGGUAAGACGACUUCGUGAUUUCGACAACGAAGAUACAAUAAAAGAAUUAAUUGAUAAUGACGGUACUAGCUGGGAAAUGUUCGAUGAAAGUGAAAUGCCUGAAGAUUCUUUGGACACUAGCCGCAUAUCUGUUAAUCUUACUCCAGUUAAAAAGCAAUUAAAUGAAAGUUUACAUCAAUUGUCGAUGAAUGGCUCGUUUUUAGACGGCACGAUAGACAAAACAACGGACUCGGUCGUGCAAAGAAGAUACGACGAUAUGGAUGCGUGUCUUUUACAGAUAGAAGUCGCUGCUAAGACCCUCGGAAAGUUGUGUCACCAGUACGAGAGUCGGGAGACCAGUGGCGAGGUCACCAAAUCACUAGAUAAAGUCCGUAAUGUUGUAUCUGCUUUGAGAGAAACGUUAAAUUCAUCACACAAGACCAGUGAUAGUACAAAUAUUGAAAGUUCCAUCAGUACUGUCAUUGAAAACUCUGUUACUUCCGUAAACCAAAGUAAAAACGACCAUGAAAAUGAUCAUCAAAAUCAAUCUAAAAAAACUGAUGAUAAAAUAAUUUCAUCACCAAACAAAUCAUUCCGCGCAUGCCCUUUUUUACAAGACAACAAUUCAAAAUCCGUGAGAUUUAAUGUUAAAUAAUAAGAUAUUUUUUUUAAAUAUCUGCCUUGAUCCCGAAGUUACCAGACAUUCAAAAAUUUUUAGAUUUUUUUUUUAACAAAUAAAUUU